CAGCAUAGAGAGCAUGUCAAAGUAAACAGCUAGCAGUAAAAAGCUAAUUAAGUAGCAUUCAAGUCAUAAAUAUCUACCUGCUUUAAGUCAUGAGCUGGAGAAACAGGUGAGUAGGUGAAAACAGCAGAACAAAACAGACUCACACGCACUCUAAAAUUCAUACUAAAUGACUGGGUUGAGUAAAACACACAAAAGAGCACUUUGUUUUCACGUAUUUGUUAUAAAAAAGACUGAAAAAGCUGACAGUGGCGGCAGCAGCAGGUGGGAUGUUGCCUGGCAGUACCAUAGCAACACACAGUUUAUGACUACAGAGAAACAACGGCUACAGUGCGGGAAGCUCGCUAGUCAUUGUACUCUCAACGGUCGGUACCCACGUUGUACUUGAGGCGAGUUAACGGAAAAGAAACCGGAAAACUCACCUCGAAAUGAAUGAAAGCUUCUCUGUUUAAAACGUCUCCGGGGUUUACCUGAGCCACGGAGGCGGGAAGUCGCCGUCCAGACAGUCCAAAAGCGGAUAGAGAGAGAGGAGGGGAGAGCCUCACACCGCUGACCGACUAACGUCGUGUUCCUCCGCCGAGUUCCGGAGACAGACCGACUCGCUGCUGCGCGCGGAUGGCCGCUCGUGCUGCUCUGAUGCCGCCGUCAGGCAGUGACGUUGCUGCUGCUGCUGCUGCCGCCGUUGGCCUCGGUGCCGGAGACACUGACGUCGCGGUACCGCCGCCGCUUAAACACUGGCUCUUUGUGUGAGUUAAGAGGAUCCACACGUACCAUCCCGUAAGCUGUGAAGUUGUAGUCCUCUCAAAGUCACUUUACACUCAUAUUUUCAUUUCAGUGAACCGUUGGAAGGCGGAGAUGGCAGUUUUGGCAAACUUGUGUGCCAGUUUUCCUUGGCACCGAUGUGUGCUAGCAAACGUCCUGAGUAGUCUUUCUAUAGAGGUCAAACAAACUCACAAAUUAUGUUAUUAUGACUGUAAGUUUUCAUUAUAAGUUUAUCACUGUAGCAGUUUUUCAACUUUUCGUUUAUAGUCUAGCUUUACAAUAGGGGAGACUGGGGUAGGUUGAGCCACCCCCUGUUUCUUUGAAAUGGUAAAAGACUUUGAUCAUGUGACUAAAUAUUUAGAAGAUGGGCAUCAAUCAUAGACUGCAUAUGGACAACUUGGUUCCGCCUCCUGCCAUUAUACGGAUUUGAAGCGAAAAAGCGCUCAGUAUUUCCACGAUUUUUCUUCAUUUCCUGAAACCAACAUUGCACAUUAGCGUUGUGCGCAUUCGGCGGGAGAGUCGCUGUGAUGACGCUCGGCUCAAACAGCGUAUUCCCCGGGUGAGCUACGAAAUCCUUGUAUGCCCAUAGACUGUAUCAGUUGUCAAUCAUAGAAAACAUGAACCCCCUAAGAACUCUUAAAAACAGUUCUUUGGGGAACUACAUGUCAACAUCUCAAGCAGAGGGGAAAAAAAUUAUGUUCUGUGUAAUUAAGUUUGUCCACAGCUCCAUAAACUUUGCUGGCUGAGGCGGGAUUUAUGACCUAUACUGCAGCCCGUCACCAGAGGGUGCUGUUCUCGGAGUGGUUUCACCCAGCGAGGAGGCAGAUGGUGUCCAUUCUAAUGGCUACUAAUUGGCGACUAAUAAAGUCAAAAUAGUAGUUCUGGGGUAACUGAGAAAGUAAAGGAGUCUGAUGAGAGGAUCAGAGUUUGUGUUCAGAUUGUUGGAGACCUUUUUUUUUUUGUCAUGCUAUCUUAUCGAGACAGUUCUGUUUACACUCAUUCUGUUGGUUUGCAGGGAUGAACAACAUCCUGAAAUAUAUGCAGAUAAGCUCACAAAUUAUGUCAUUAUGACUUUAAGCUUUUUAUUUUAUAAGUUUAUCACUGCAGCAGUUCUUCAAUUUAUCGUUUAUAGUCUCGUUUGACAUACUAUUAAUUAAUGACCCAGUGUUAAUCCUCAGGCUCAUAAUCUGUUUUUUUUACUGCGUCUCCGUUUGCCCAUUAACUUUAUUUGCUUUUGUUUAAUUGAAAUUAUACCAGAUAAACUGUAUGUUAUUAGAGCGUAGAAGUAUCCUUUGUAGGGAUAAUUUUACAUUGUCGGAUCUCACAAGAUGUGAUAGAUAAAAAUAGUCUCAAUGGAUUCAGGGCUUUGGAUCUUAAAACACUACAAUUCCCAUAAUGCUCUUUUUACACCCCUUUCCUAGAUUUCUAGCUCCACCCACAUGGUCUUUACACUUUCUGCAUAAAACAGACCUUAUUAUUAUAAAAUCCAUCAUAAAACUGUCACUGCAGUCUGAGAUAAACUCCACAGAAAGUAUAAUCUGACAGUUUUAGGUGCUUUAAGUUAUGUCUGACAUUUGCUCUGAAUAUUAUGGUCAUAUGUAAGAAAGACGUCAGUCAUCUUGUAGGAUUAUGAUUGAAAAAUAACAUGAGACUGUGAGGUCGAAUACCAGGAAACUUCAGGUUCAGUUUAUCCAAACAUAGCCCACUGUAAUUACAGACUUGGAGACCAGCUAGAGGAACCAUGAAACACGGGGAUGGGGACAAAUGAUUUCAGAUAUCUAAUUUGCUCAAGCAGAGAGAGAAAAAUCUGACCGGUUUGACAGCAAAGAUUUAUGUUCUGCAGUAUUCACAUAUUGAUCGCUCAUUAGACUACAUCGAUGUGCGAGGACGAGUAAUUUUCUCCCCCGGGUCUCAAUUUAUUAGGACUGUUGCUUGUGUUUGUUACUGGUAUUCUUGUUGAGUCAAAACUUUACAGUGAAACCUUUUUCUGUGCAGCUUAUUAGCAUUCAAGUCUCGUCAGCCACAUGCAGACAGAUGUUUAAUUACAGCAUUUAUCCGCUAACUACUGCUACACUAUCAUUCAGCAGCCCAAUAGGAGCUUUCUGCCCAUUCAUGGGAGGACUGGAUCUAAAUGUAGGCUGGCUGUGGAGCUUGGCCAUCUUAGUAUUCUGUGCCCUUCCCUGCAGUCCCUUAUUGCAGUCAACUGCAGUUACAGUUGUCUCAGAGGAAUAGAGGGAACAAGGCUGUGCACAGGAAAAAAAAAGAGGCCAUGGCAGUAUGGAGGGUGAAUUAACAGAAGAUUUCUAAUCUUUGAAGAGAAGACAAGGUUCUGUUUUUUGCAGUUAAAGUAGCUUUAAUUCCAGCUAUAUGAGUUCAGGACACAGGGUAAAAUGAGCUAAAAUCACAUCACUUUUACAUUAGUACAUCUGCAUGUGAACAAAGAGGGUGUCUGUAAGGAAAUACCAAUAGUUAAGUUUGCUUAAAGUGCUUCCACAGACCUAAACACCCAAAUUAAAUCUUAAAUUUCCACUAAUUCCCAUUCUGUUUUUCUCAAUCUGUCAAAUAUACUCAUUUAAAAGUCUUGAGUUUCCAGUGCAGAGCAUCAAACACUGACACUAUCAUGUGUAUUUAUCAGAAACUUCACACCAUCAUCAUUAAAUCAUCAUCUUCAGCAGCAGCAGCAGCAGCAGCACAGAGGCAUCAUUAAACACCCCUGCAGGGUCUUUGCAUCCCAAUGAUAUACUGACAUAUGCUUAGGCGGCUGGAAGGAAAUCAUGGUUUAGAAAAUAUCUGUAUAUUUUGAGAGUUAAAGCUCCCUCAGUAUGGGGAUAUAAGCUUUGAAAGACAUCAUGUCAGAGCUGAGAGUGUCCCAUCAACAGCAGAUUUGUCUCAAUUAGCAGCAAAAACACUGGAAAGUUGUAAAAAAUAAUCCAUCAGCGAGGAAACAAUCUACCGCUGACAGAUUUCCUUAUAACACAGCAUGAAGACAGAAACAUGCACACAUAAACAACGCACAUAGCAGCUGAAGGAAACAUCCGUAUACUUGCAGAGCGGACAUUAUGAGGCCAUUUGGUGGUGAUAUUUUUAUGUAAGGCUGUAACUUUGAUCGAACAUCUGAUUCAUCACUUUGGCAGUUUUAUAAAUAGAAACUUCGCUAAUAGAAAACAGCUUCAGUGAGUCAGAGAUGAAAGAUGGGCUCGAUAUAACCAUAGCCUUCAGGUUGCAGUAACAAUUGAUAAUAUGAAAGAUUUAAAAAAAAAAAGCCGUUCAAAGCUGGAGGAUGGACUAUUUCAGCGCUCAUUACAUCACUUUGUGCUUAGGAAGCAAGAUUUUCACACCAGCUACUGAGAUUAACCUCUAAUUACUUUCUAUUCACAGCCACAGUGGAUACCCAUCAGUGAAGUGGAGCCUGCACUAGAGUUUAGGUGGUGGUGCUAAACUGAAGAGGAAGGUCAGUGUUUACAGAUUUUGCACCCAUGAAUCUUUUACUACAGGGUGACAGACGGAGAGACUCAGACAGAGCAGCAGAUGAACGGGAAUCCUUUUAUGCACAAAGCAGAGCCACUUUGCAUAACUGCCUCUCACAAAUGAAGCAACAAGAGAUUGGGCUUCACAAAACAAAACCUGGUUCACCAAAUGUCACUUUAAAGGGUCAGUGCAACUAAUACGCCACAUAUGCAGGGACGUUUUUAAUGCAUCAAAGUUUAGCGAGGGAAGGAGAGCAGAUCAGAGGAAUAGCAAUCAUUGUUUCUCCAUAAAAAACCUCCUCCUCCUCCUCUUCCUCCUCCUCCUCCUCCUUCAGUAACUGCAUCCAAACAGCGUUUUCCUGAGGCAUCAUCUGUUGUGCCCACUUGAGCGUCCCAUAUGUCUUGAUUUAUAAUUUAAGACAUCAUAAAUAUACAAUUCCUCCCCUGCUCGGACCAGACACGAGGAUCCAGCAACACUUAUCACAGUCUGUUGUGCUCGUUAAAUCCAGCAGGGCGUUGAGGUUUUAGAGGAGCGGUGUUGCUGGUGUAAUGCCUGUAACACCCAGCUGUUAAUUCAGACUGGAAAAAGGCAGAUAUCUGUCAGGCUAAUGGGAGACGGGGCUCGAGUUCUGGUUUUAUGGAGAUAAACUGUAGCCUCUCAGGAGGGAAGAGGAUGGAGAGGAGGUUAAAGAGCAGAACGGGGGCGGUCAAACUCUUUCUGCAGGAAAAACAACUCUUCAGAGUUGGUCUGAAAGGUGGAUUAGAGUCUGUGUUUGUUUAUGUGGCAGGAGGAAAAUGAAAACAUAUCAACAGAGUCAGACGGUGUUACAUGAGAGGGAGAGCACAAUCAGAGGAGCCUGGUUCUACUUUAAUGAUGUACAAAUAAUUAAAUAUUUUGAAUAUCAAGCAUCUGAAGUAGUAAAUGAACAUAAUAAGAGCCAUGACCCGGAGGAUCAAACCUGUCAAUUACAGCUUUAAUGUUUCCUUUUAUCGUUUCUGCUGUGAAACUUCUGAAUGAGGCAAUUUAGCAUUUAAUAUGAUUUUAUGGCUCUUUUGGAGGAAGAUGGUAUUUUGUUACUCUCCUGUGUGAGCGCUUCUUUCCCCUUCCACUCUCUUUGGUGCAUUUGCACAGGAUCACGUCUGCCCUCUCAUGGCUCUACCGAGUAAUAACACACAUUUGUUUUUUUUUAUGUUAAACAGGAUUCAUUCAGAAUUCACUGCAGCUGUGAGGGUCUAAAUUUAAAUAAGAGUGCCAUCACAUGUGGGUGUUUGUUUCUAAAUUUAGCAUGCAGCUGGUAUCUUUAAUUCAAUCCCAUUAUCAAAAUGUUUGAGUACAAAAGUCUGGAUGGGUUGUUGUGAUAGUUUUGCUCAGUGAUAGAGGUAGAAAGUACAGGAAUUAGUCAUAGUACAACAAAAGAAAAACAACCAAUCAGAGCUGUCCUUCUGGUCCCUGAGUUUGGGGUAAAAAAACAGCGGAUGACGCGUGUCCUUCGCCAACUUUACCCUCCUGUUUACACAAACACACAUUACUCCUACUCUCUGCUACAGAACAGGAGGCUGACAUAUUAGAGUGGUGUUAAAGCAGAGCAGGUAGACACACACACUCUCACUCACACACAGGAAGAGACGAGGGGAAACAUGGUUUUUAUGACUCUGCUCUGUCUGCUCCUACUGUGGCCUGGAUCUGCCGCUCUAAUGACUUCUCCAUUGGACGAGGUAGGUGGAAAAGCUGCGGGGCGAGCAGGAGCAGGAGCGCUGCGGUUAGUGAUUCCACUGCUUCUGCAAAGUCCAUUGAACCCUUCAACUUUAAACUGCUUAUCAUCCUGUUAGAAAAACCACAACCUGUAGAGAGUCACAACUGUGCCGGACUGGAGUUAAAAACUAACCUCUAAAACACUUUAUAUUGUCAUCCAGUGUUCAGGCCACAGAUCUAAGUUUAGCAACACAACUUUUAAAGCUGCUGUUUCCUAAAGAGCUAAAAACUGUGUUUUUGUUUGUCUCCUCUUAAAGCAUUUUCAUCACUCCUCCAGUACAAGGGACAUAGUUUCCUCUCCUGAUGCCUCAGGUACGUCUCUGAACACGGGGAAAGAAUCAGAAUCAGCUUUGUUGAAUCAGCACAUAGAGGGCCUGUGACUCUGGUUUACAGGGCAAACAGACACAAACAUACAAAAAGGUGAUAGAUCAGCAAUAAUUGGUGAAGGAAUCAUAAAUAAAACGACAGAGUUUUUGACAGAAAUGGCUUCAUAACAUUUACAGUAUGACAGUAAACUAUAGGAACAGUAUUUUUGGACUCGUAAAAGGCCUUUGGUACUAUCAGCUAUGACUUACUUUAGAUAAAUGAUAAAAACUCUAAAAUCUUUUCCAAACUAACUCUCUGUUGGUUUUAAUCACUUCUGGAGUCUUGUGUUCUGGGUGUACCACAAGGCUCCAUUCUGGGGUCGCUGCUGUUUUCUCUAAUGACCUCCCCAACAACUGUGUUUGCUGAUGAUGAAGUUAUUUAUAUUUAGACAAACGCUCCACUGAUGGCUGCAGAGUCUCUAAAACCGUAUGAUUGUGAGAUAACUGCUAAUCAGAGGGCGAUCCAUAAAGUAAAUAAGUUUAACAUCUAAGCGUUGUCUCAGGUUCUCAGUUAAGAUUUGAAGCACGUAUCAGAUGAAUAUUAAAACCAUCAAGACUAAUCUGAGUUUCUUUUGACUUAUAAGAUCUUGUUUACCCCUUCUGGCUAACUAUUUACACAUACAGUCUGUGAAUUUAUUAGACUUCUAUUGUCCAACUGUCUGAGGGCCGGGUUAGCCUAACAGUAAUAAGGACUAUGUUGUCAUUAUACAAACAGAGAAACCUUAAAUCACCGGGUCAAAAGUCACUGAUGGCACCUUUAUGAAGGUCUGUAUUGGGCUCUGACAUUUUAAUGUUAUUUUUUAUUUAUAAAUCUUGUUUUUAAGUGUGUAAACGGGUUUGCAUCAGUUACUCUUAAUUAGAUGUAAUAGUGCAUACAUAUAACAUCCCUGACAAAUAAAUGGUUGACUGAAUAAACAGAAUAAAUACAACAUAGUUGUGCAUAGUAACAUAAAGAACAGGGAGCAGCUAUAAAAGGUGAAAAUAUUAAUAAAGUUAAGUUGUUGAAUUUAUAUUUUGCCUCGCACCUUAAACAUUUUUUUAAAUAUGAAAAAUAAAAACAAAAAAAUAAAAAAUAAAUACAAUAAAAAAAGAAAUUAAAAGAAAAAAUAAAGAAAUAAAAUUUAAAAAAAAAGAUUUAAAAAAAUAAAAUAAAGAAAUAAAUGAGAUAAAAAUUGAAUUAAAUUAAAAAUAAAAAAAAUAAAAUUAAAAAAAGGAAGAUAAAAAAGUAAAAAUAAAUGAAUACAUAAAUAAGAUAAAAAUAAGAUCAAAUGAAAAAUCAAAAGAACAAACCUAUAACUCAUGUCAGUAUCAUAUAUCUCAUGUAACUUCAAAAACAGACACUUUAUCUAAAAUCUUGCCUCUGUUUAUUGUUUCUACUUUUCUUCUUCAGAGAUUACACGUUUGCGUCGAUCAGCUUCGAUCCCUGAUAUCACACAUCUGGAGCUGCUGGUGGUGGUCGGACCCGACGUCCAGGAGGUCCACAAGCAAGACACGGAGCGAUACAUCCUCACUAACCUUAACAUCGUGAGUAUGAGCACAAACAAACUCUGAAACGAGGGUUUUCUGAGCAGUUUGAAACCAAAUGUACAAACAAAAACACAGUUUCCAGCUCUUGAAGGGUUAAAAAGUGAACUCACAGCACAGGAAAGGAAAAAGCAGAACGAGCUGGAGAGAAAAUGAGAUGAGAUGUUAUAUGUUGAAGUGUUUACAAAGCCAGAUAUAGAAGCAGAAACAUUAUAGUCCUCUUACACCCCGCUCACUCUGGAAUAUGGAUUAGCCUGACUCCAAGUCUAAUUGCCAUCCAGGCCUCAGAGCUGCUGAGAGACAUGACCCUGGGUGCCAACAUGAGAGUGCACCUGGUCCGUAUGAUCAUCCUAACAGAACCAGAGGUAAGAGGAUCGAGUUUACGAGGGGGAGUCAUGAUUGAAGGAGCAGUUUUUGAGCUGAAAUCUCUUUAUUUUACUUUUACUCCUGCGGUUCCUCUUCCAGCCGGAGAUCCAGAUGUCCACCAACAUCACCUCGUCGCUCAGGAGUGUGUGUGACUGGGGCAGAAGGAUAAACCCCUCGAACGAUACAGACCCUCUUCACGCUGAUCUCCUCUUGUACAUUACAAGGUCUGUAGAGAAACCAGUCAGUUAGGAUAGGAUCAGACUGAGACAGGACUGGGUCUCUUUGUUCUACCUGAAGUCCCUUAAAGUAGUGCUGGAGGCAGACACCUCUUGUUUGUCUCUCCUCUCUCUGUGAUUUUCGUUGGUCACCUUUCACAUCACACGCAGGUACGACCUGGUGCUGCCUGAUGGGAAUAAGCAGGUCAGGGGUGUGGCUCAGCUGGGCGGGGCUUGUUCCAGUGACUGGAGCUGCGUGAUCACGGAGGACACGGGCUUCGACCUGGGGAUCACUAUCACUCAUGAAAUCGGACACAGGUGAAACAAAGUUCAACAUAUAACCAGGUAGCUGCUGUUUUAGUCGGUUCAAGUCAGGUUAACACGGAGCAGGUAAUAAGAUAGAUGAAGAAUAAAGCAGCCGGUGAAAUGAUGCACAGAGCGCUUCCCUAAAGGAUCCAUAACAUUUCCCCUCAAAUAGGUACAGAAUAUAAAGCUACUUUCAUAAAACCUCUGAUAUUUUAUCAGGAAAUUACAGACCCCAAAAAAUGAUGAAGAAGUGUAAUAUAUGAAGAGUAAAGAGUAAAUCACUCUGUAGAUAGAGAGCAGUAAGAACAGACAGUUUUAAUGAAGCGAACCCUCAGAGGAAAGAUUCUCAAAUUAACAUGCUGCGAGUGAAUCUGCUGCACGGUGAACAUCAAACUUUAAAUAUCACUGCUCUGUUUUUAAUGUCUGUUAGUAUAUAUCACACAAUAAAAGGAAAAGAGCAAAAGUUGAUCUUUUAACCAGGUUAAUUCAACAGAUUUCUGUCCUGUAACAAAUCAAAAAUCUCUGCCAGUUAAUUCUGCAGCUGAAAAACCAACAAGAGGAGUCGAUCCGGUAUAAAAAAGCAUCAGUACAAGCAUUUAAUUUAUUCUGAUGAACUGUCGGGUAGCUUUAGUCCUCCUUUUCACUACUUUGAGCAUUUCCUAUUUGUCUUUUGAAGUACUCAAACUAACGGCCCUUUCUUCUGGGGAGCUUUUAUAAAGACUGAAAAAAUCCGAGAGCCAUAAAAGAUAUUCAUUUGCUGCCGUUUGAGCAGUAGGGAUAAUCGAAUAAAGUGAAUCACACUGAGAACUGAGAGCAGCAAUAACAGAUCAUUUAAUGAAGCAAAUCCUGAGAGGAGAGAUUUUUCAGUUUAAUUGCAGCGAGGGUAUCUACUGCACAAUGAGAUGAUGAAGUUUAACGACCACAACUCCAAAUAAUCCACUUUUCAAACUUGAUUGUCGGAUUAAUGACUACACAUUUCAUUUUCCAUUCAUUCAGCUUUGGGAUCAACCACGACGGCGUGGGAAACACCUGCAGCAGGAGCGGCUUUAUGAUGGCGUCUGACGGAGGCUACAACAGCGUGGAUCUGACCUGGUCGCCCUGCAGCAGACAGCAGCUGUUCACAUUCUUCAGGUGGGCUCACCUGUGCAUGACAAAGCCUCUCAUUCAUCCUGCAGGCCGGGCUCUGCUGACAGAGCUUCUCAUUAUUUUACAUUGGUCAGCUUUUCUGACAUCCUCAGUGUGAGACGUUUGCCUGCAGAGGUCAAAGUUGAAUGUGUUUUGAUUGUGUUUGUGUUUCCAGGAAAGGUAAAGCAGAGUGCGUUAAGGACCUGCCCGCUCUGGGAGGCUCUCUGCAGGACUGGAAACCUGGACUUUAUUACGGCGUGGAUGAUCAGUGUCGCAUCGCUUUUGGAAACUCAGCCAGAGCCUGCUCUUUCACCAACCCAGACCUGGUGAGUCACCUGUAAUAGCAGCCUGUGUCCACCAGGUGGUGCAACACCUCCAAAAAAAAAAGCAGCAUGCCCACAUUUCAAGUCCUGUUGACAGAAUGAGUCUCCUUUUCCAUCAGCCGGCUUGCCGUGCCCUGUCCUGUCACAUAAACCCCGACGAUAACAGCUCCUGCAAACGCCUCCUGGUCCCGCUGCUGGACGGGACCGAGUGUGCGCCCAAUCAGGUACCCACAGCCCCCCCUGAUCAGUGAGUCGUUUUGCUGCAAUCAUUCCUCCACAGAUGACCGUGCAUAUUUGAAAUGAUGUGCUUGCAGUGGUGUCUGAGGGGGCGUUGUGUGUCCUUGGAUGAGCUGAGCUCCUCUGUGGUGGUGCACGGCUCCUGGUCCAGCUGGUCAGAGUUCACCCCCUGCUCACGGACAUGUGGUGGGGGAGUCACUCAUCGUACACGGAAGUGCAAUAACCCAAGGUUUUAAUUAUAGUUUAUAUGAUGAAGCAACGUGCACAGCCUGUAGACGACCUGAUUAAAGUGUGGCUAAAAGAUUUCCUCUGAAAUAUGACAGACCUGCUUUUGGAGGGGCCGACUGCGAGGGGCCGGAUAUCCAAGCCGGACUCUGUCACCAGCAGGUAAGCUCAGUCAGUCAGUACUGUGUGUCCAGGUGAUCAUUGUACCUGGAACUGUGCCACCGCUUUGACAUGAUCUUCUUCUGUGAGGAAUGAGCAGCCUGAGCUCAGAGAAUGAGGAGGAUUGAUGGGACGACCCAGAGACUCCGAGGCACAGAAGUCAUUUUAAAGUUCGACCAUGAGCUCGGGGCAAAGUGAACUAUUCUGAAAAUCAAUUUGAGAUAAAAGAAAACGUCCUGCCCAGACUGCUUUAUGGGGGAUUUGGGGGGAAGUGGGUUCAGGUCUGACUCUGAUGGAUUCAGAUGCCAUCUGGGAAAGUAAAAAGGAAACUGUUUUUGCAGCCGUGUGAGCGCACCCAGCUGGAUUUCAUGGCGGAGCAGUGCUCUCAAACAGACUCCCACCCUCUCUACCUGCAACCUCACAUCGCCUCCUUCUACACCUGGAUCCCUGCUGUGGGCUUCGCAAAAGGUGAGCGUGGAGAAAACCUUUUCUUGUCCACUUGGUAAAAGGGACAGGUUUUUGAAGUGAGGUUGUCUGAGGUGAUCGAGAAACCAGGUGGAGAAUGAGUCUAGAGAAGUUUGAAGCGGGUCUGUUCUGACUGCUGUCCAGUUUCCUUGGUUGACCUCUCUGUGUUUAGAAAUGCUCUCACUCAACCUCGCUUUAAAAACUACAAACUAUCCCUUUAAGCGGUGUGACCUCUCCUGAUCACUAACAGGGGAUGAACAGUGCAGAUACACGUGCCAGUCCCAGGGGGAAAACUUCAUCGUGAUGCGGGGGUCUCAGUUUGUGGACGGGACUCGCUGUGAACCCGACGGCCCGCCUCCAUUCGGCUCCACGGCGGCUUGUCUGAAAGGGAAAUGUCAGGUAGAGACGACAGAGGCGGGGUCUCCCUUCACGCUUUAAAUCCAGUGGAAUACUUUUCUGAUGUGUUGUUUGUGUCUGAUCAGCUGUUCGGCUGUGACGGUGUGAUGCACUCUGGGAAAGUGAGGGAUGUGUGUGGCGUGUGCGGUGGACAGGGGUCAUCCUGCACUAUGACCUCUGGUUCCUACAGCGGUGGUCAGGCCAGAGGUAACCAAUAAGAAGGCCUCAUUAUGACCUGAUCUGAGCUCUGUCUCUGUACUGAGGUCGUUCUUUGUUUCAGAGUACACCACCUUCCUCACUCUGCCAGUGAACGCCACACAGGUCUAUAUCUUCAACACGGCGCCACUCUUCACACACAUGGGUGAGUGACAUCACCUGAAUCCUCCUCCUAAAAGUCGGAUAAGCGGCUUUAAAACUCGAUCUUGUCUUUGAAAUUUGGAUCCGCAGCCGUGAAAGUCGGGGAUGACGAGUACGUCGUGUCUGGGAUGGGCAGCAUGGCGCUGAAUAUGACCCACCCCUCCCCGCUGGAUGACAACCACCUGCAGUACCGCCUCUACCUGACCCCUGACCUUUUACCCGAGAUGGAGGAGCUGCAUCUGCUCGGGCCGCUGCAGGAGGAGAUAAACAUCCAGGUCAGGCAGAGGACAGAUCUGAAGAACGGUCUAAUGUCUGAAUGAAGAGGUGAAUAAAGUGAAACUCGUUUAUUCGCAGGUUUAUCGAAAGUACGGCAAAGAAUACGGCAAGAGGACAAACCCGAGCAUCAACUAUCAGUUUUACACACCGAGGAGAAAUAGUGACGUGAAAGAAGUUAAAGGCAAAUGGGCUGUGUUCACGACGCCCUGCUCAGCCUCCUGUGGAUUAGGUACGUGUUUCUCAGCUACAGAAUAACUCGCUGAAUCCCAAUUUGGUGAACAAAUGGAAACAGAGAAGGGACGUUUAUGAAAUAUCCUGAAAGAGCAUCCAGGAGGCGGUAUUUUUACAUCCAUAUUUACUGUUUUAAAGGUGUGCAGAGAUAUUUUCACGUCUGUGUGGCUGAAGACACUAACAACCCUUUGGAGGAGCACAACUGUCCGACCCCGGCUCCUCCCACACCUCCUCACACGACCUGUCAGCUCCCACCCUGUCCCCCCAGGUGAGCUGCUUCUCUCUGUUCUCUCCCAGUGGACGGACCUCAAACGGGAACACAUGAAUGAUUCAUUACCUUACAGGUGGGAGGCGGGGAUGUUUGGGCCCUGCAGCGCCUCCUGUGGUGGAGGGGAGCGAGUGCGUCCUGUGAGAUGUGUUCAGAAACUUGGAGCUGACGUGGUGAAUGUUCCUGACUCUGAAUGCUCGAGUGAUGACGCUCCAGAUGCUGCAGAGAAGUGUAACCUGCAACACUGUCCUGCCAGGUAGGAAGUCCCUGAUCUACACGCGGUUAUCUUCUAGACCUGGUUUUAAAUCUCGAACCACUAGAUUCAACUUAUCAAACUCUGCACUCUGGCAGCACUGCAUUAAAAAAAGAAUAGGACUCAGUGGUGGAAAUCUUUGCAUGGAGCAGAACCUUUCUGCUAACACAGUUUGAACUAAACCAUGCAAAGAAGAAACCACAAACAAACAUGUUUCAGCAACUUCUCUGGACCCGAAUCCAGCGAUGAUGAUGAUGGAAAACUCAUUACAACAGCAUGGCUCUUAGAGCCGGGCGAUAUGCCCUCAAAUCAAUAUCACAUAUAUUGAUCAGUUCACCUCAAUAACGAUAAAUGGACGAUAACUACUCCACAAGCUGCUCACCCCCUCCCACAGUAACUUCGUCUACUUCAGCCGCUCCAACUUUCUCUCCGUCCUCCAUCUCCUCACCUGUCUUUCCCUCUUUGUUACAGACUGGAUGGGGUGGAGUCAUGUCUCUGACGUAGGACAGCGUCUUAAAGAGACAUGAGACCACAGCCUACCUACACACAUCCAAAACCAACUUUGAUUUAUUUACUUUUUUGACACUGAAUAUACUGAUAUGGACAAAAUGAUGUCGGUUAUUGUUGUAAAUUUUGGGUUUAUCGUCCAGCCCUAAUGGCUCUGUAGUAGAAGGGUCCUGCUGAGACACUAAACUGAUGCAGUCCCGACUUGUACCCUGUUAAAAACAUUUGGAGCAUCUUGACACCUAAAACAGGACCUAUAUCCAUGACUUUUAGACUCCAGAACCUGGUCUUCAGGUCUGUGACACCGGCAUCAUAAUAUCAUAUCUAGAUAUAAAUAUGAUAUUUUAGAUAAAGAUAGAUAUAGAUAUCAUUAAUUAAACUAUGGAAGUCUUUAGUUUCAGCAUUAGAUCAAUUAUCUGCACUGUUUCAAUUAAAUCUCAUAUUUAACAAACGAAGUAUGACUGAAGUUGUCUUAUGUCAGUUUAGAUGUACAGUAGAUGUCAUUUCUGAAUAAAGGUUGAAUGUUUGAUUACUAAACUCAGAAGGUGCAUGAGUCACGUCCUAAUCUGUGGCUGAAGGAGGUCUUUGAGAAGUCUUCCUGCGUCCUCUAUCAGCUGCCCUCAUGUGUGUUCACAGAUGGCUCGUGUCAGAGCCAGGUGAAUGCUCAGCGGUGUGCGGGCCAGGUGAAGCUAAACGCCAAGUGUCCUGUGUGCGUCCAGAAGACGGGCAGGACGUUGAAGUGGAUCAGAGCUUCUGUUCGAAAGAGAUCAGACCCUCUGAGUCGGUGCCCUGUGUGGUGGACGUUUGCCCGAUCGGGUGGGAAUCUAAAAAAGAGGUAGAGCAGGAAAUACAUAAUCUCUUACUCUCAUUUCAAACAGUGGAUCUGGUCUAAACAAACGCCUCUUUAAUCAGGAUCAGCCCGCGCUCAAGUCUGGUUUGUCGCCACGUUCCAGACAGACUCCUGUGUACGUGUGGAGUCCUGUGAUCAGUCAGUGCUCCAAAACCUGUGGGAACGGUACGUAAAAAAUACAAACCCAUCUGCUCCAAGAAACAACAUCUCCUCUGCAGAUGAUGUCAACAAAAGCCUGAUGCUUAUGUAGGGACCCUGCAGGUGUGGUUCUCCUGUGUGGAUCACCAGACCCGGCUGGGGGUCCCUGACUUCAACUGUGAUUCAUCCUCCAAACCUCCUCCCCAGUCCGAGGCGUGCAACCCGUCCCCCUGCCCCCCUGUGUGAGACAGCACGCCUCAAACGCACAAAAAUACAGUUAUCAUCUGUUCUGUAAUGCAGUUAGUCUCAUAUCUUCUGUGACAACCAGGUGGCGCUCUAAGCAAGGAGUCUGCAGUGUUACGUGUGGAGGAGGGGUGGCCACCAGGGUGCUGUACUGUGCUGUGGUGACAGAGGGAGAGGAGGAGGAGGAGGUGGUGGAGGAUUCAGGGUGCACAGACUUUCCAAAACCUGCAGCAGUGGUUUCAUGUAACACACACAGCUGCCCAGCAAGGUAAAACACACACAAACACACACUCACACACACACACAUUCUGCAAGUGUGAAAUCUAUUUUUGCAGAAGACAGAAUGGUCUGAAUCCGUCUGUCGCUGGUGCAGGUGGAAGGUAUUCAGGACUUCACCCUGCUCGGUCUCCUGUGAUCUGGGUGUAGCUCAGAGGACUGUGUCGUGUGUCCAGUUCCUCCACGGUAAAGAGAGCGUCGUCCCCGAGGAGAACUGCCACACGGCUGUCAAACCAGCCACCACAGUGCCCUGCCUGCUGCAGGUCUGCACCUUCAGGUGGGAGGUGAAGCCGUGGAGUCAGGUACAUGAAACUGAAGACAAAUGAACCCGAACGUUCAGAUUAGAUUAGAUUCAGGAUGCCCAUUAAAGGAGAGCUCGUUAAUCCUAAUGACCAAAUAUUAAUGAAUAUCUAUCACUAAUUUCCCAAGAUGAAAGGUAAACCAUCUACAUCUAUAAGGUUUUUAUCUAUGAUGGUGUGUCACUAUAAACUUUUAAUACCUGGUUCUGGACUGGUGGUUCAUGAAAAGGAGGUGAGGGUGCGGGAUGUGAUGCCACUGUGUCAAAACACCAUUAAUCAGCUGAUUAAGCAGGAGCCAUGUUUACAUGUGCAAAAUUUCUUGAUCCGAUUAAAAAUGUGAGCGAUCUGAUAAUCUGAAUCUACUGUUUAUAUCGGUGCAAAAUCAAAUGAUCCGAUCAUGACGUGCGUAUACAUGCACUAAGCUUUAUUCAGAUUAGAAGAAUUUGGACCAAACCAACAAACACGUUAGUGGCUCACUCCAUCUGAUUCAAGAGUUUUCCCCUUUAGAUGUUGUCACUAGAUGGCACCCUCGCCUACUUAUUUUACUGUUCUGUCAAAGGUUGCACUGUGCGUGCAGAUGUGACAUCAUCACGCUGCAUGUACGCCUUGUUAUGUUACCGGAAGAGCAGACAUGCGGUUGUGUUUUAUACCAGAGUGUUAAUAAUGAAACCUCAACAAAUAAACCAAAGACGAAAGAGUGAAGACCGAGUCAGGUAAGAGAGUCACGAUCGGAAUAAGUGUUUGCAUGGAAGAGUUUCGCAAUAACGAUCGGCAUAAACCGCCCCUCUCGAUCGCAUUUUUAUUCCGAUCGGGCCUUUAUUCCGAUUAUUUGUGCUCAUGUAAACGCAGCUAGUUAGCGUAUCUCUGCUCCCCAGUGUUCGGUACCCUGUGGUUAUGGGAUCCAGUCCAGAGCCGUGUCCUGCAUGGGCCCCUCCAACCCUGAGCCCAUCAGCCCUCUGUUCUGCUUGCACAUGCCUAAGCCAAUCACCAUCCAGGGCUGCUUUAACGACAGCUGCGCCGAUGUGCCGACCACCUCAGAUGUUACCACUGCAGACCAGACUGAAGCGAAGGCCAGCAUCCCAGAGGAGCAGCUUCCCCCAAACCCUACAGAGAUCAUCACCGUCCUGCAGACCACAGCGCCCCCUACUCCUGGAGGAAGUAAGUUCCCAUGAGCCUCAGUUGCUCACAUGUUCUGAGAAAGAGUUGAAGACUAAAGGUGGUGUUUGUUUUUUAUCCCAGGUGCAUGUGGACAGCUGCUCCUGGAAGAGUCAGGAACGGUGGACUUGAGAAACGUAAGCAGGCGCUGCACCGUGUCCAUCGGUCGACCCCUGGAUGAGGUGAUUCAUCUGAAAGUGGAGUCUGGCUCCUUAAACUGCAGAAGAAGUAGGUUUUAAUAAAUGUAUACAUAAUUAUAGUUUCAUGACUGUUUAUGUUACAUAACUAAUACUGUGUUUCUGCAGAGGAGAGUGUCGCCUUUUUUGACCGCCUGGUUUUGGUGAAGAAGUGCGAGCAGGUAGCAGGCAGCGAGCUGAUCACAAGAACAAACGUCCUGCUGGUGCGUCAGAGUUUGCUCGCCCCUGGGAGCGGGAUCGUGUUCACGUACAGGUCUCAGAAAAACACGAAGAAGAACCACUAUCAGGGUAAGAGGCAGCUCUUUCUUUCUGGAGUCGUUUACGUGAGGUGAGCUCAUCGUCUGAGCGGAUUGCAACAUAAAAGCUCCGACUGAAUCCAGAGAGAUGUGUGCAAUGAUGCUAACAACACUUGCAGAGUCUAAUGCAAUCAGAUACAAGAGCCCUGCAAUUAAAGCAGGAACGCUGGGAGAAUCAUUUUUGUAAGGCUGACAGAGCGGCGACAACGAUGACCCUCAUUUUUAAGGUUUCAUUCUCACUUAUUCCAGCUGCUGAACAGUUCAGGAUCUCCUCUGUCAAAUGUUCACAAUAGUUGAUGGUUCAGGACUCCAGGGAGGCCGGUUUAGCAGCAGGACUCUUCUACUACAGAGUCAUACUCUUGUUGUAUUAUGAAAGGCCUUCCCUAAAAAAGUCAUUGUGUGUAUAAAUGUCUGUCAUAAACAUGUACGAGUGAUUAUGCAUCACCGUAUACCAUCAGAUGUGCCCCCUUUAAAGUGCAGUUCUUGUGUCCUGGUGGUUUCUCUUCUCUUUAAAGCAGUUGAUGCUGGAUCCAUGAUUUCCAGUUUUCCCCGUAUAAAUAUAAUAUAAAAGGAUCUUGUUUAUAAAUAGUGGUUCAUUUGUGGAUGUAGUGACAAAUUGUGUUCACAGACAAUCAUUUCUGAAAGUGAUUUUUAGCUUAUGCGGUAACUUCCACUACAGAGUCAUGUCUAUUCUAACAUAGUGCUGCUUUGUUUUACUCCUUGGCCCUUUUGCAAACAUAAUUUUUCAGAUUUUCCUGAACCUCUUAAUGAAGUUCUGUCCUGUAGGUGAUGAAAUCUGCUAAAUCUCUGCACUUUCACACUAAAAUGACUUUAUUAGCUCACGCAGUCUCUCACAGAGUCUUCUAUAUAAAAGAGAAUCAGGGCCACAAGAAGGGAAAAAAAUAUUACAGGAGGGAGAUUUUUUAAAUUAAAUUAAAUAACUUAACUUUAACUUAAAUAAAUUGAAAUUUUAAGAUUUAAAAAAAUCAAAACUAAGUGAAUAAAGUCAAAACUUUGAAACUUUAGUUUCAAACUUAAUUUUUUUUUAUCUCAAAAUGUUGGCAUUAUUUACAACAUUUUGACAUUUUGUAAUCUUGAAAUUUUGACUUUAAACUUGAAAUUUCAAUUUUUUAAUCUUAAAAUCCUGACUUUGACAUGUUUUUGAUUUUUUAAAUCUCAAAACUUAGACAUUAAUUUUUAAUCUCCUUCCUGUAAUUAUUUUUUUUCUCUUCAUUUGGCUCUAAUCCUCUUUUGUACUUCUGUCACCUUCUUUGUUACGCUGCUAUAAUUAAAUUCACAUCUUUAUGGUCUAAAAAUAUCUUUGUUUAAAUACUGUUUUAAAUUAUUGCAGUAGAUUAAAUUAGAUCUGAUUAAAGGGUUAUUCCCAACAUUUUUAACUCAGUCUUUCUCUGCUGCACAGAUUGUGACAUUCAGCUGUUUUCCUCGAGCGGCGUCUUUGAGAACCCCACAACCUCCAGCACCAACCACACCUGUCGGGUCCUCAUCAACGCCCCUCCAGCAGUGAAGAUCAGAAUCCAGGCGCUGCACAUAGGAUUAGUAUUCAACUCCACCAACUCCCAGUCUACGUUUAUAAUGGUGCGGACGAGCUUUCUCAUGUGCAGUUGUUUUUUUCUUUUGUGCUGCAGAUCGCAGGAUAAAGAACGAGUGUAAUAACUUGUGCUCUAUUUUGUCUUCUGCUCAGAUCCGGGACAUGGACAAGGUGAAGACAUAUGUGUUUAAAGGCCAACAGCUGUUUCAGUGGCAGUCGUCUGGAAACAUGGCUGAGAUUGAAUUUCAUGGAGACUACCUGCAUUCACAAGGGAGCUUCAGAGCUGAAUACUCCUUUGUGCGUCUUUGAUACUCGAUGUGAACUGUUUUUAGGAGGUUUGACGUCAGCCACAGCCUGUUUUUGUUUCAGCGUGCGAAUAAUUUUAACCUGAAAUGAAUCAGCAACAAACCAAAACACUCAAAAUCUUUAACUCAAAGAGGACAGAGGACAGGACAAGGAAAUGGCACUGUAUGAACAAAGAAAUAAAUAUCAUUACCAUUACAAUCAGCAAAGUUCCUUUCAAGUUUAUA